UUGUUGCUUUACACGCGUGCGGUUCGUUUUGGCUUCUUCUCCGCCAGAUACCACAAGAUACCGCGAGUGAGUCCGUGAGUGUCCGGAUCCGUCUCCGUGUCCGUCUUCGUAUUCGUGUGUGGAGGCUCUUUGAGACCGCAAAAGACCAAAGAAGCAACAAUUUUGCAGUUCAGUGAAAGUGCAGAGAGAGAGAGAGAGACAGGAAAGGCCGCGCAAUUCGCGCAAACACAAACAAGCCGUUCGGGUUCUGGCCAAGUUUUACGGCCUGCGAGUGCCCCCCCCGUGUACCCCCGGCUCCGUGUGCGGAGGGAAAAAUUUUUAAGUGCAAAGAAAAACAAUGACGACAGCCAAAUGGAUUUGGCGCUUGCUGCUGAACAUCUUGCUGGUUCUGGGCGCCGUGGCCGCAGAGCCCACCCGGGGCUAUCACCGAGAGAUUUGCCAGUACCGCAAGGGCAAACUGAUCCAGCCCAUGAGCUUGUACCACAGUCGGCUGCUGGCACUGCGGGAGCAAAUGCAGAUUCGGGCCUCGCUGCAGGGGCCCGAGAUCUACGGAUAUAUCCUCCCCUCGACCGACGAGCACCUCAACCAGGAGGUGGCCGCACGCGAUCAACGAAUGUGCUAUUUGACCGGCUAUACGGGUGUGCGGGCCGUUGCCGCCAUUACGCACCACGGAGCCGCCGUCUGGCUGGAGAAGCGCUACGCCCAGCAGGCGGACGGAGAGCUCGACUGCGACUGGGAAAUCUAUCUGGCCAACGGCAAUGUCAGCAUCGCCGAUUGGCUGGGGAGCCGAGUGCACUUGGACAAGCGGGUGGGCGCCGAUCCGCAUCUGGUGCCGCAUCAGCUCUGGGCCGAGUGGGAGCGCGAACUGGAGGACAAGUUCCUGAAGCUGGUCAAGGUCAACAACAACCUGGUGGACCUCAUUUGGGGAGCAGAGCGGCCCGAGCAGCCCAAGAAUCAGGUGAUUCAGGUGCAGGCUCGCGAGUUUGCGGGCGAGAACUGGCAGGACAAGAUCCGGGAGUUGAGGCGUCGCCUGGCGCACCUCGGCUGUGACGCCAUGGUGGUCACAUCGCUAACUGAGAUCGCCUAUCUGCUCAACAUCCGUGGCACUGACAUACCCUACACGCCAGUGGUGAAGUCGUAUGUGAUUGUGAGCCAGGAUGAUAUAUUCUUCUAUGUGGAUCAUGGAAAGAUCAGUCUGGGAAUCGACCUCCAUCUACGCACGGACUGCUUCAACGAGGACUGUGUCAAAAUUAAGGAAUAUCAUCAAAUCUGGAGCGAUAUACGCACCUAUGCACAGAUCUGGAAGCGUGUGCUCGUCUCGGCCCCCUGCGUGCAGGAUCUGGGCACCUCCGAGGCCAUUUACUCCUCGAUGCCAGGGAAAAUCGUUGUGGAGUACAUCUCGCCCAUUAUUUUCAUGCGGGCCCAGAAGAACUCCGAUGAGCAGGCUGGCAUGCGGAAGGCGCAUAUAAGGGACGGUGCCGCCAUUUGCGAGUCCAUGAGCAACAUGGAGGCCAGAUUCCAGACGGAGCAGUGGACCGAGGAGAAGAUUAAGUAUGAGGUGGAGCUCUGGCGCCUCUCCCAGAAGCAUGCCAAGGGGCUGUCCCUGCGCACGGUCGUGGCUUAUGGCGAGCACUCGGCCCUGCCCUACUAUAUAUCCAGCAAUGUGACCAAUAUCGAGGUCUCCGACCAGAGCCUGCUGGUCAUCGAGUCGGGUGGACAGUACUUGGAGGGCACCACGGAUGUCUCGCGGACGUUCAUCUUUGGCGAGCCAACGCAUGACAUGAAAAAGGCCUACACAAACGUCCUGGCGGGCAUCUUGCAUCUGGCGCAGCUCAAGUUCCCGGCCGAUCUGAAGCCCUCCGAGGUAGAUGCUCUCGUGCGCAGCAUGGUGUGGAAGGAUAUGACGGACUAUCCACAGGCAACAGGUCAUGGCAUUGGCGCCUACGGUUCUGUAGAAGAGCCACCUAUAUCCGUGGCUUAUGGCAAGAACAGCAGCUUCCACUUCAAGCAGGGGUACUUCUUCUCCAGCGAGUCUGGCUACUACAAACGGGAUGACUUUGGCGUGCGCCUGAAGAACGUGCUCGAGGUCAUUGACACUGGACACAGGCAUCCCAGUGGCGCACACUUCCUAGCAUUCCAGGACGUCACAUUGGUCCCCUACGAGCCGAAGCUGAUAGACAGCACCCUGCUCAGUGCCGUCGAGAAGCGCCUGCUCAACGAGUACAAUGCCAAGAUCCGGAACGACAUUGGGGACGAGCUGAAGCGACUGGGCAACAUGAGGGCCUUCUACUGGAUGAUGAACAAGACGCGACACAUCCGGGAGUAUCUGCCCGAGGACGAGUACCGCUCAGCGAUCGCAGGUGGUAGUCACACCAGCCUGCCGCUGGUAUCCCUCCUUGUGAUGAUCAUCGCAGCGAUCCUCCCAGCCCGGUCCUAGGGGCAAGCCUUCUCAGUGUGUGUGUGUGUGUGUGUGUGUGUGUGUAUGUAAUUAUGUAGUUUUAGUUAGCUAUGCAAAUUAAAAGAGAGAAUCUGGGACUAACAAGGAAUCAAACAACCAAUAACUGCAACUGUUAGUAUUUUAGUGAUGUCUACCCCCAAGCCACGUGUAAGUCCGCACCCAGCCACCGCUCCCCAUAGCUCCCCCGCUGUACGAGUUUAGGUAUAAGCUAUCCACUUAAACCAAAUGCAAUACGUAAAACGCAAAUGUAUAAAUCGUAAUCUCUAAUCGUAAUCGACCAAAAAUAUGUUAAACCGUUUACAUUAAUACGAGCAAUGUCUACAUAUAUAAGAAGUAACCUUGUAUAUUUUUCUAAAUGUGAUUAAAUAUAAAACAAACAAACGU